AUAAAUGGACUGAGGAGUGAUCCAAUUUCACUUUUUUCUACUUGUUACUAAAAUUUGUGCAUAUGAAAUAUUAUAAUUCAAUUUGUUGUGGAUAUAAAUAAUCUUACAUACAUAAAGAUAUCGACGGCAUAAGAAUAUGGAUGAAACUAAUGACAUAGAAAUGUCAAUUGAGGAUAUAUCAGAAAUUGCAACUGAUGAUCCUUCAACUGUAAGAGAAUUCACCAAGAAAAUCAUAGAAAAAUGGCGGGACAGAUUUGCAAAAGGUGUAAUCACUUCAGCACAUUUUGAAGAGCUUUGGAGAGUCUGGGUUCCUAAAAUUUACAGCCCAUCUUUGAAUGAGAGCUGUCUCAACUGGAAUUUCAAUGAAGAGUUAGCUCAAGAUGUACUGUUCAACACUCUGGAUGAAUUCAUCUGCAAUGGAGAUCCAAACAUAGUUCUGAAACAGCUUAGCGAACUAGACAAGGCACCUUCAGUUUGUGGAAGGGUCUUCAAAUAUGGUGAGCCAACUUACGCUUGUAGGGAGUGCGGUAUGGACAAGACAUGUGUAUUAUGUGUAGAAUGUUUCAAAAACUCGGAACAUCGCUUACACAAGUAUAAAAUGUCCACCUCCAAUGGAGGAGGUUGCUGCGAUUGUGGCGAUAUUGAAGCGUGGAAGAAUGACGUUUUCUGCAAAAUCCACAUUGCAGGAGUAACAGAGAAAGCCGAGAGUAAAAGUUUGCCUGAGGAUAUCAAAGAUCGUGCCCGGAUCGUUUUUGAGGCGGCUGUGUGGUACGCCUACCGUUUACUGAGUACUGAACAAGUCGCUGAUAUACGAUUAGGCGGAAUCUCCAAUAACUUUUUUGACAUUGAUACUUAUUGCACGAUACUGUACAAUGAUGAAAUUCACACCUUCGAACAAGUCAUCAAUACUUUGACCAGAGUACUGAAAUGCAAUCAGAGAUCUUCAACAGAAUUCGUUACGAAUAUUGAUAGGGAAGGGCGGGCGGUAGUGAAGUGCUCCAGUUUCCAGUAUUGUUCAGAUUUGAAACAGGAAAUCGAGAAAUACACGUCACGUCACGGAAACAAACCGUUGAAGGUUCUAGUGAAUCAUGCUUAUAUCAUUGCCCAUCAAAUUUACACGAUGAAACUUCUGACCUGGCUGGAGAAGUAUCUUGGACAAGGUGAAGGUUUUCGAGCGAUUUUCGCUGAAGUCAUUCUGAAGCAGCACGCAUUUGAGCCUUCUAUCAUUAAAGGAAUUUUACAAAGAGAUUCUACUUUAUGGAAAAGUGCUAGAACUCAAUGGCAUCGUUUGUUGAUUUCUGGAAUGCUGUUGGAGUAUGAAAACAAGAAGUCACUAGCGAAAAUUUUCACCAAAAACUAUGGACAAGUGAUGAAAGAUUUCAUCAAAGAUGACCAUGAUCACACAUACUCGAUCGCUUCACUGUCUGUCCAACUAUUCACUGUACCAACUCUGGCAUACCAUUUGAUCGCGUAUGAUGAUGUCCUUUACAUCCUUUUGAAUACCCUGAUAUCAGAGUGUAGCAGAAAAUGCAAUAAGGCCGGCAAACUAGAAUUCGAAAGGAGUCCGUCCAGCCAAACCUUCAAGAGGUCAUUGUAUAUGCUGUAUGAUUUGAAGUAUUUGCUGGGUUCGAUUCCUGAGAAAUGGACUGACGAUUUGAGAAGGAGUUUUCUUCAUGGUUUGUCCAUGAUGUUGUCUCUUCUCACGAUGAUGCAAGGAAUGGACGCAGUCACCCGCCAAGUAGGUCAGCACAUGGAAUAUGAACCAGAAUGGGAGUCAGGCUUCAACCUGCACAUAAAACUCUCCCACUGCAUAUCCCUCGCCAUCGAUUGGUGUGGUACAGACAAAGUAGUACUAGUGAAAGCCUAUCGGUCUGUCCUGAAAAAACUCGAAGAAAACCCAUGUUACGAACCAAAUGAAGCCGGAGACGUACGUGAGUUGGCGGACCACAGCACGGCUUGUCUUCAUUAUGAUGUAUCUUCGAAACCAGUGUCGAUACAUCUACCACUUAGUCGCUUUCUGGCAGCUUUACACUUGUACCUGGAGAAAUUCAACCUGCAUUUCGAUGGCACCGAAUUUCAAGUCACCAAACCUACCCCGGUGCAAAUUAUGGAACCAGUGCUCAGAGCCCACGUGAUGAUCGCACAGGUUCACGCUGGAAUGUGGCGCAGAAAUGGCUACGCCUUGCUGAACACCCUCUUCUACUAUCACAACGUCAAGUGUCGAGCAGAGAUGCUGGAUCGAGACAUAACAUUGUUGCAAAUUUCGGCAUCAUUGAUUGAGAGCAAUGAGUUUUUGAUCCAUAUUUUGAACAGGUUCAAUCUGAUCAAUUGGGCGAUGCCAGAAGAGGGAAGUCUGAAGUCUCCGGAGGAAGAUUCUAUAAGACAGACGAUUGGUUUAGUAGAGGAGCUACUCCACUUCCUCAUUGUGAUUGUUGGGGAGAGAUAUAUGCCGGGGGUGACUAAUGUUACAGUCGAGGACAGGAUAAGAAAAGAGGUUAUUCAGCACCUGUGUAUCAAACCUCUUCCCCAUUCUGAACUAAUCAAAACCAUUCCCGACGACCUAACCUCCCGAGAAGUCGCAGUCGACGAAGUCAUCCAAGAACUUGCAAUAUUCAAAAAACCGACGCAUGGCGCUGGCAAGGGCGUCUACGAACUCAAGGACCAGUACUAUGAUGACUUCAAUGUGUUUUUCUAUCAUUAUACCAAGGAGGAGCAGUCCAAGUCGGAGGAGGCACAGAGAAAAAGACACAAGGCGAAGGGAGAGUUGGAAUGCUGCCCACCCCCUAGAUUACCCAAAUUGAACGAGUCGUUUAGUUUAUUGGUGAAUUUGCUGCAGUGUGAUGUGAUGCUACACAUCAUGAAGACAGUUUUACAAAGAAGUAUCACUCGCAAUGCAAGAAACUUCUCAGAACCCCAGCUCCACAAAGUCCUGCAUCUUAUAGGUUAUGCCCUUCUUGAGCAGGAAUCCAAGAACUACCCAUUCUUCAAGUUCAUCGAAAAUUCCAACAAGUUCAAGAUUUUCGCGACCCUCGAGCAAGUGUUGAAGAGUCCACAGCUUGAUUCUCACAAAGGACUUCUCCAGUGGGUUUUCAACAAAUACAAGCAGCUGUCUGAUGAGAAAGAAUCAUGGCCCGUCUUACAAAAAGAGCCUUCUUCAUCAGAAAAUGCUGAUACGGAGAAGGAGAGACGGUCCAAGCUGGCUGCCGAGCGAAGGACAAAGUUGAUGGCUCAGAUGCAAGCAAUGCAGAACAGUUUCAUCAAGGACAAUGCGAGUUUGUUCGAGGAAACGGGUUCUGAUAGGAAACCUAGAACAACAAGCAUAGUUGAAACGAUGGAUACUACCGAAGUGACAGAAGAACGCCCUAUUGCUCUCGGUCCCAACCAAUCUCUACGAAUUUCCGAAGAGAAAACUGUCACCUGCAUCCUGUGCCAAGAGGAAGAAAAAAUUGCUCCCGAUGGCCCUACGAUGGUUCUGGCGGCUUUUGUCCAACAGACUACUGUACUCUGCCAGUAUAAGAACACCGAUGCGCUGAUGGACAUAAGGAAGCACGAUCCACUCUACUUGCAUGCUAAUAUGGGACCUGCGCCACACACUAGCACAUGUGGUCAUGUGAUGCAUAGCGAAUGCUGGAGAAAGUACUUUGACAAUAUCAUGGUCCGAGAACACAGGAGGCCAUACAGAUUAAGACAUCCUACUAGUUUCGAUGUGGACAAACAAGAGUUCUUGUGCCCGCUGUGUGAAUGCCUAAGCAAUACAGUUCUGCCUCUACUUCCAGCAAUUCACACCUUACAACCCACCCUUCCCAAAAACAGCAUAACCUUCAAAGAAUGGCUCAAAUGCAUAUCUGAUGUCGUCAAAAAUAAAGAGAAGAUUUGUCACGGAAUCUUUAAAUGCGAUUCGUCGGAAGACUGCAAAAAUAAGCACUGCAGCGGUUGCAUAUACGCCUCAAAAAGCACUAAUAUAGAGCAUCACGUCAAUAUGGAGUGCGAGGUUAACUGCAUGUUGCAGCCCCAUCAAGUUUUCUACUCAUACGAGCUAGCUCAAGAUCUACCCGAUAAUUUUAAGCAACUAUUCCCUACGAACCAUCCUGUUUUAGAUGAGAAUUACAAAGAUAUGAUACAACUUUUUGCUCAAGUCACAUACAAACGAGGGCUGAACGUGAAUCCACAUCCAACAGAUAAACGACUUGGCCCGAUGUCUUGGAAAUCGCUAGCUUACACCAUUCAUUCAAUCGAAGUCCUGCUUCGUGACAUGAACAAACCUCUUCUUGGAAACCUGUCGAGCAGGCAACGAGACUGCAUUGAAAGCCUCGUAAGGAUAGUGGGAACGCUGGGCAGCACUUGGCAACGCAGCGUCUUCAUAAACAGUCAUGCCAUGAAAUUGCUGUCGAUAGUGUUCGAGCACGGCAAUGAGGGUCCUUCGAUUCUCCAAUGGGACUCCUUGGGGAUGUUAGUGAGUCUCACGUUCUCAUUACCUAGUCUUUCGUGUAAAUACGCUCCCAUGCCGAUACCGACAGGUGGUACCUUAGAUUUCCACCUGAUGAGGGUCAUAUUCACCUGUCAUAUUGUUAAAAUACUCAUUUUAAUGAAACCCACCGACUUGGGUAGCUCAAUGGAAACGGACAUAAAGGAAGACAACUCGAUGAUCGACCUCUUGAAGCUGAUAGGUAAGAAUCAUGACGGCAUUAGUAGUCAUGCAAUAUGGGAGCACGUCCAGUAUGCUUGCCAACCGUUUUUGAGGAGUUGUGUACUGUUUUAUCAUUACCUGACUGAAGUGGCGGCACCAGCCGUUUUGACUGAGAUUGGGGGAGAUACAUUCAGCAACAUGUGUGCCUAUUUAGAUCUGCCACAAAAUCCUAAAGAACUAUUUGACUCAAAAGAGGUAAUGGCGCUAAUCAACAAAUGGGUCAAACAUGAAGAAGUUGUCAGUUAUGUCAAUGGUGCCGACUUGCAGGUUAUCCAUGAACCUGUAUCUAUCCCGCGUCUCAUCGACUUACCAGAUGACUAUAGCGAAUUGAUUAACACCGUAUCCACGUUCACUUGCCCGAAUAGCGAAGAAGACUCGAAGAACCCGUGCAUGUGUUUGGUUUGCGGAGAAAUAUUGUGCUCGCAAAGUUAUUGUUGUCAAACCGAAGUGGAUAAAGUCCAAGUCGGAGCUUGCAACUAUCAUGCCAGCAAAUGCGGUGCUGGAAUAGGAAUUUUCCUGAGAGUGAGAGAGUGUGAAAUAUUGUUCUUGGCUGCCCCUCACAGGGGUUGUUCUGUUUUGCCCCCAUAUUUGGACGAUUAUGGGGAAACAGAUCAAGGGCUUAGAAGGGGCAAUCCAUUGAGACUGUGUCCUGACAGGUACAAAAAGUUGCAGACUUUGUGGCUCGGCCACGGUGUACAUGAAGAAAUUGCUCGUUCAAUAGAAACUAGCAGUCAUAUAGUUGCUACACAUUGGAACCUAUUGUAGGUUGUUAAUGGAAUUGUGAUUUUUUUCUCUAACCCUAAUGUUUAUAUAAAUUAUUGAUAAUAACCCUAUGGUUAGUUUAAUGCGUCUGUGAGAUGAGAUUUUUGAAAUUGCAGUGCUAACUUUUUUGUCCAUAUUUAGAUUGUUAGGUACUUAAAUUCACUUAUUAUGCCCGGUUAUUAAAUGCACC